CACAAAUAAUUAAAGUUUAGCUAAUACAUUUCCGAUCAUAUCGCACAAGGCGCACGUUAGCUGCGACCGCCGUCCAACCUCUUUCAAUGAUCUCUCUCUGCCUCACUUCGUCGCCGUCAGCUUCUCUCUCGCUUAAGCCCUCUUACUUUUCCUCCACCAGGCCUAUAUACACACGAUACAACCAACUCAAAAAACUCAAACAGAGGAGGUCGGGUAAUGGAAAGGUCAGGGCGGAGCUCUCUACCGACGCGCCGGUCGCUAUGGCUAUCGGCGCGUGCAUUCUCAACUCGCUGAUUUUUCCGGCGGCUCCCUCGCCGGAGGAUAUGGAGGCUGAAUCAUUGAUUGACUCCGCCGACGCGAGAUUCGCCGUUAUGGGGAUCAUUAGCUUCAUUCCUUAUUUCAAUUGGAUGAGCUGGGUGUUCGCUUGGAUGGAUACCGGAAAGCGGCGUUACGCUGUUUAUGCUAUCGUCUAUUUAGCCCCUUACUUGAGGUCGAAUCUAUCAAUAUCUCCCGAGGAGAGCUGGCUGCCAAUUGCUAGCAUUCUCCUUUGCAUAUUUCACAUUCAGCUAGAAGCAAGCAUUAAAAAUGGAGAUAUUCAGGGCUUCAAAAUAUUUAAUGAGGCUGCAAACCAUCUUUCAUCAAUAAGGAAGAAAGGCAAAAAAUCCAAAGAGGUAGAGGGAGGAGAGAAAUGAUUUCCACAAUCUUCCCUCUGCACGUGAACACUAUAGAAAUGAAUUAGGUGAUUGGUCCAAUCCCCAGAAACACCACAGCGAUCAUGAAUUAUUGAGUGAAGAUGAAGAGGGCAAUGCUUGAUGGUUAACUGCAAUCCGUGGUUGCCUUUGUUUUAAAUCUCGAUAUGUGCAUUUACAUCAAUGUUAUGGAUUACAAGCAGGGUAUCUAACAGUGUUUUGCAUUGAUUUGUGAAUUUGAAUAUACAUGAAAUUGUUCUCGUAUGAAAAAUAACUAAUGGCGAUUAGUGAGCUUGGGUUCUGGUUUCAGACAAGUUGCACUAUCUAGUUCGGGUUAUGGAAUUCGGUUUUA